UUUUCCAGCCUAGCGCGAUCUUACGCACAAUUCGCUGGUGCAUUCGCGUGCCUUUCGUCCAUGUGGCUGCCAGUUGCACAGUUGUCGCGCGUCCUCCUCGCGUUAAUUGAACCUACGCUCAUGAAAUUAGAGAGAAGCCGCGAUAGCGAUUGCCGCCGAGCCACCCGUUUAUCAUCGAACCGCCGUCCGGGCCUCUGUUUCCCAGUGAAUCGUCGCCGAGUUGAAUUGCCACUGUUCAUCGACGAAAAAUGGCACUUCCAAAUGUGAGUGGACCGAGAAAACGUUCGGAAAUCCUUUGCCGAGCACGCGAAAUCCUAGAAUCUUAGGGCUAAGAAGAGUCUUCCACGUGUUUCCGAUCUACGGACGGAUUAACGCGAACCUGAGCAUCGAUUACGGGACUUAUUUCGAUCAAUUAUGGAAUUCAAAUGAAACCGAGGACGUCGGAGUGAGGAACCAAUGUUGAAACGAUGUUUCUCGAAGUUCGGCCGGGGGAAUCGCAUUGAAAUUUCGCCGCGUUCAACAUGAAACGGUCCAAGCUACCUAGUGUCCUGCUGACCACGUGGCUGCUGGGCACGUUCGCGACGAAAUCCAGGGUGACCGAGCUUCUGCAGAGCUUACAGGUCUACGAGAUCGUUUAUCCGCGGAUAAUCGCGAACGAGAACGUUCGCGGCAAACGAUCGACGGAUAAAAUGCUCGACGACGGAUCAGUGGUCAUCGAGAUCGGCAAUUGGACCUUGAGGACGGUCGCUAGCGACAGAAUGGUGCUGGACACGGGGUUCAAAGUGGAUUGGGUGUAUUCGGGACGGACGAGAUCCGAGGUUCACGGAGGACGGUACGAUUGUCAGUUUCGGGAAGGCAGUUUGGACGAAACCGACGAUUCUACGGUGGUCGUCACGUUGUGCGACGAGGAUGUGUACGCGGUGAUGGUGACGGGCGGUGCUGCGUUUUUCGUAGAACCCUUGGUGGAUGGGAAACACGUGAUGUACGAGUCGUCGAGCGUCGGAUGGUGGUCGUCCAGGGAGGAUUCCGGUGUUGUGUCUCUCAGACGACUGGCAGGGUACGAGAACGAGAAAUCGAAACGCAGGAGACGCGACGCGACAGAUCAUUCUACUCGGGAAUUUUAUAAUUUAUCGGGUGACACGUUUGAUAUGGAUUACCCGGAAGCUGAAAAGUUAGUAUUGUACGAUGAGAAAGAUGAAAUACCGACCGAGUAUAAUGACACUAUGAUGGAGGAAUUGCCGGUGGACGAAAAUUCGGAGGAUAUUGGUUAUUUUGGUGGUCCUCUGUGGCAAAGGAACAGGAUACCAAAAAAGAAAAAGAUUGCUAAGGAAUCGUCACCGCGUUGGCUGGAACUCGGAGUAGCUGCCGAUUAUUCGGUAAUAGACUUUCACGGACGACGUGCGCAACAAUAUAUCUUAGCCCUUUUAAAUAUCGUCAGUGCCAUUUAUAUGGAUCCGUCGCUUGAAUCAAACAUGAUCUUAGUGAUCGUACGAAUGAUUUUGUAUGCAGAAAAGAGGGACAGCCUGGUUCGUCAAGGCGAUGCCAGACGAUCACUCGAAAAUGUUAAUAGGUGGAACAGGAAGAUACUGUCCUCGACAACUGUGGACCACGACGUUGCAAUAUGGCUGACCCGGUUAGACAUCGGCGGACCUUCUGGAUACGCGCCUGUCUCCGGUGUGUGUAACUCUGCGAGAUCCUGCGCCUUGAAUCGAGACGAAGGCCUAACAAGCGCCUUCAUCAUCGCCCACGAAGUGGCGCAUAUUCUAGGCUUAACUCACGACGGCGACGAGACCACCGGAAAUUCAUGCAAAGAGGAAGGUUCACGAGGAAGCGUGAUGGCGCCUAUGGUCGCCGCAACCUUUCAUCAUUUUUAUUGGUCGUCCUGCUCGAAAAAGGAGUUCCAUCGAAGAGUCAGACGAUGGUCCUGUUUAUUGAACAAACCAGCAUACGACAGUUCCACUCCUCUAAAGGCUACCAUUCGCGACACCUUUACAAUGGACGAGCAAUGUCGAGUAGAAUUCGGUGAAGGUUACGAACACUGUAAAAGUUUCGACGUCGUGGAGCCAUGCUCCCAUUUGUGGUGCGGCAAUCAGAAUAUUUCUAAAAUCUGUAAAACUAAGAAAGGACCGCCAUUAGAAGGCACGUUAUGUGGUGCCUCGAAGUGGUGCAUAAACGGUCGGUGUCAGUCGUCGAAAAAGGGAAAAUUUGAUUUCGGCUUAGCGCUGAACAAACCAAGGGACGGUGGAUGGAGUCCUUGGAAACAGUGGGAGAAGUGCUCGAGAACCUGCGGGAUAGGCGUGCAAUGUCGAACACGAAAAUGUAACAAACCGCUGCCAGCCUACGGCGGAAAAUAUUGUUCAGGGGCGAGCGACGACUGUAAAAUCUGCGAUUUACCGAAAUGCCCGACAUCGGUCGACCUCAGGGCCCAACAGUGUUCUAAACUCGACACGCUCACUGUGUUCACGUGGCUACCGUACGAGCCUGACCAGGAGAACUUGAAGUGUCAGUUGAUUUGCAGGAGCAAAGAGACAGGCGAUCUGUUUUAUACGAGGGAAAACUUGAUCGAUGGAACACCCUGUUCUUAUGGAUCCACGGAUAUAUGUGUACAAGGCGAGUGUCACAAACUAGGUUGCGACAAUGCCUUCGGCUCGAAUAAAGUGUUGGAUUUAUGCGGGGUAUGCGAUGGCGACAAUUCCACCUGCGAGAAUGCCAUCAGCAAAUUUCAGCGAAAGCUUCGCCGAGAAGUGACUCGAAUCGCUAUUAUACCCCGAGAAGCUCAUAAUUUGAUCAUGAAUAUUACGGUAGUGGCCAUUCCGUUUUUUGAUUUGGACAACGUAUCCAUUGUGGUGGGCGAUGGACGAAGAAGGCGAAACGUGCUGGAAAAUCUAAUUUCCCGUCAGCGUGAUUUAACAAUUGUGCAGGGUGCAGCGUAUCGAACACAGAAGACCGAUAAUAAUACGUACACUGUCAAAGCGGACGGCACUGCUUUCGAUGACGUAGUCAUUUUAGUAGUACUAUCAGAAAGCAUCGUACAGCAAGAAAUUUCCGUGGCGGUAUCACUGGAAUAUUUUAUAAAUCGCGACGAAAAGAACACGAAAGACAGAUACGUUUGGUUAUUCGGCGGUUGGAGCUUCUGCUCGGUAAGCUGUGGCGGUGGAACGCGUCAGAAGAUGAUUGUCUGCAAAGAUGAAGAAACAGGCAGAAUAGUCUCACGCAGGAAGUGUCCAUUGACAACUAAGCCGAGCCAAGAGAUCGAAAGAUGUAACGUUUUCAGUUGCAGUUUUAAAUGGCUAUCAGGACCAUGGAAAAGCUGCUCGCACGUGUGCGGCAGUUUCGGUGUACAAAUGCGGCAACUUUACUGCGUCCAUUCCGAAUUUAAUGGCACCGAAGUGAACAGGAUCAACGAACUUGAGGUUUACCGAAUGAUGGUGCAAUCGUCUAUUUGUAAUACCGCUCGUAUGCCAGUGAAAAUACAAGAGUGCAAUAGAGUGCCUUGUCCUGGACGUUGGAUUUUUACGAAUUGGUCUUCGUGCUCGAAGAGCAAGGGCAAAGGAAUUCAGUCUCGAAUAGCCAGAUGUGUUGCUCCGGUGAACGAAACGUUGUACAACUGCGGUGGGCCUACAGUAAAGACAGAAAUACGUACUUGCGUCAGCCACGUGACCAGAGCCAUCGAGCUUCCGCCUCGUUGCUGGAAAGAUAAGAAUUUGUUUUGCUCUAUACCAAGUUUAAGACGGUACUGCAAUGUUCCGGCAUUCAGGAGAAGGUGCUGUCGGUCUUGUCAGACGCACAGCCAUCAACAGUUACAGGAAGACACUGAUCAAGUGAUCCCCAAUCUUUGAAUAAUUCUUCGAGAAUUAUUCUCUAUAAAAUAUAAGCCUAUUGAAUCGAGAAAGUUUCGACAAAUUGAAUGUUGAUGUUGACUGCUAUUUGAGCGCUCUUUGUGGGCUUUGUAGCUGUUCAUAUUUAUUUAAAUAAAUUGAUCAAUGAUGAGAAAUAUUAUUCCUUCAUGGGCUGGGAUAAAUGAAUGUGUUACGCAUCAGUGGAUGUCGGACAUUUCACGUAAUGAGGAAACGUGUAUUUAUUAAAAUUUUCUUUAUUCCAUUUCAAGAAAUUCACAAAUCGGUUCACUCUGUGCCUAGAAUUCUGAAACACACCAGCAUAGACAUGGGUACUCGAUCCAAAAUUAUAGUUAAAAUGAUUAUUAGUCGCAAUUCGUUGAAUUAAUGCCCUUACUACGUGCUCAAUUUCAUUUUCCUUUCCUGCUCUACAAAGUUACAAUAGUAUAAGUAUUGUCUGAUUUCCACGUGUGGAUCCACAUUAGUUUUAUUUCUAGUCUUGGGAAUAGGCUGUUAGUGUAUCGUCCUGGCGAAACGUUUUUGAAAAAUUGUCGGUGUAACGCAAUCUUUCCGAUGACAACAUGAUAUUUGUGAUAUCGGCGAUAUUCUUAGCUUAGUCUGAUUAUGUUGUGCACUUUAACACGUGCAUAGAUAAUUACGUCGUUCAUGAUAUUUAUAAUUAUAUUUUUCUAUAACAUUGUAACUAUAUAUGUAAACCUUCUAUACAUUAUAUAAUUCAUAUAUAACUCUGGGUACAAAUAAUCUUUACAAAAAUAUUAAUUUGGGAAGGCAAACUUUCAAUUAGAAAUUCCUUACCGAUACUCAUGAAUAUAACAAUAGCAUGGCUGUUUUUGUCUACGAUACCAAACACAGAAGGAAACGUGUUCCUCGAAGUAUUCACUCCUCUAGCAUCUAAUCAAAAUCUGGAUUCCUACCAAUCUUGACAAAACGUUUCUCAUCCCAAAUACAUUAACAAAAGACCAAUAUGCUCUACAACUGUGUGUGCAGAAGCUACAUCGAGCUUUCUUAACCUCGAUACAACUUCUUCAGCUUAAAAUAUCAUAUGUUUGACCUUCGAACAGCUGCUCUUAAGGUUGACUGGCUACUUUAAUGACUCGAGGUUUCAGUUAUCCGUAGCCAUCUUUAAUUCUGAUACCGUACAACGUCCGCCAGACUUCGCCCUCGUGAAUGGUAUAAUAAAUAGCUAGUUGUUAUUAUACACUACUUACACAUUAGGUAACUUUACGUUAAGAUUUUUGGUAAAAUCGGCGACAGUGUUGCCCGAGGGCAACGUGUCGACGUCGUGAUUGGUUAAAAGGAAGACUGUUUCUUUGUUCCUUAUCAUCGACGCGUGAACGAUGAAGACUCGUCUAUACUAACGAUUUAGUGCUUUGGUAAAAGUAACUUGUAGUUCGAUCAUCACGGCUCGUUGUUGCCCUUCCUCACAAUCUUUCGACGUAGUUUCCCGGGAAAGUACCGAAGUAACCGGUCCUUUGACUCGACCCGACGUACCAACCGUCGUCACAUUUUUCCAUCACAUACACCGUGUCUCCCUCUUUCAACUCAAGCUCGUCCUC